AUGGAGGCCCAGGAAGCUGAUGUCAAUGUUCAUAACGGCCAUGAGUCACUCACAGAACCGGAGGCAAAGCUGCAGCCCCUGUUUAUUGAGGAAGGAGAAGAAGAAGAUCAUUUUGAAGAUUGUCUGGAAGAGAUACAGGCUACUUUUCAGUCCUGUGAAACAAUGGACUAUUCUCACAAAUACAGAGAAGCCAUGCAUGCUGAAUUCAAUGACCUCUUGGAGCAAAUGUUGACACAGCUGGACAACUUUGAAGCCACUCAUGAAACCAAGUCAAAGCCACUAGCUUUCACAACAGAAAUGGAGUCUAAGUUUGCAAGUUCAAUGGAGAUGUCUGGAACUACAGAGUGCAUGCCAGAGUUAGAGGCUGAGAUGAUGGUUUCUAUGGCGAUAGACGAGGCCAGGGGCUCUCCUUCAGAGGUGGGAAUCGAGUUGUCUGAAGCUGUAAUUAGAGAGCUGGGGACAGCGUUUGAGGGCUGCAUUGAGGAAGUGAGCCGACUGGAGCAGAAGAGGGACGAACUGGUACAGGAGCUCCUGGAGUUGGAGAAGCCUAUGGCGGAGGAGGUGCAGGGUCUCAGAGAGGAGCUGAGGAAGGCACAAGCGCUGUUCUCCAAAGUUACACUGGAGAGGGACAGUUUGCAAGAGGAGACCCGCCUUGCUAAGAGACGGCUUUAUGACAUAGCCAAAGAGUGUGCGCAGAGUCAGGUGACUUUGGCCUCACAACAGCAGGAAAUGGAACAGGUCAAAGUCACACAGCAAGAACUGGAGGCUCAGCUUGAGCAACUGAAUAAGGAGAUCUCCCAGCUGCACACAGACCACCAGAAUCACCUGGAAGCCCUGCACAAUGAGCAAGAUAGCGUCAGCCAAGCUUCGAGCAUACAUCGGACCCGGUCGUACUUAUCGCAGGGCCGACGGGCCUCCUCUGAUCUUCAGCAGUACCUGCAGGAGGGGAUAAAAUCGCUGGAGGAAUGGUAUGAACCAAGGCUUGUUGCUCUGCUGAAAAGACGAGAGAACAGUGCUGAGGCCCUCAGCAAGGCUAAAGAACUCUGCCAGGAGCUGAAGGCCCGUCUGGGACCCCUGAGAGAAGAGGAACAGAAGCUUAGGCUCCAAAGGGCCCGUCUGGAGGACAGGAUCCAACUAAUGGAGAGACAGAGGAAGGAGAAUGUGGGACAAUUUAGGGAGAGGGUGGACCUUCUGGAGGAGAACAGCAGAGAACUUAAGACUGAACUUCAAAUUCAGAGAAAUAAGACCAAAGAAAUGGAGUUGCUGAGGGACAGCCUGACCAAAGAGCUGCACUUCCUCAGGCAAAGCAUUGAAGGCCAUAAAAAAGAGGAACCUGUGCUUGUCGAGGAAAAAAAUUGA